AUGUCGUCGACUUCAGCAACAGACAUAAUCACCUAUAUUGGUAUUCCCCUCGCAGUUCUCGGCGUUGUUCCCAUCUUGUACACAUCAUUUCGAGUGCUAUGGACUCAGCGAUUAAUCCGUUUAACUCUCCAACAACAUCCGCUUUCUGACUCUGCUGUUACGCGCGUGAGUUUGAUGGGGGGUAUCGUUGAGGUAGAAUUGCCACGAUGUACAAUUACCCCUCUUGAUCGCGAGUUGGAUUCCAGCUAUUGGAAGCUAAAUGAAUUUCAAGUUCCAUUGAAAGGUGGAAGCUGGUCAACUUUUCACUGGAAUCGAUUGGUUACGGGGAAGGUGCUAUAUCGCUGCCAGUAUAAGGAGGAAUUGACACUUCCCCAGGCCGAUAUUGAACUUGAAGAGCUUGUUGCGUUUCUGCUUGAUCGCGGCGCUGUCCCGGAUCCUCAUGGUUGGCAUAUGUUGAAAACUGCGGGUCUCUGGACACCACCUGGCACUCCGUUACUACGUCCCCCACGGGGUAAACCGGGGGUUGUACUUACAGUCGUAUCGCCUGAUGAUUCAGAUGGUGUAUUGAGUCUGCAUGUUAAAUGGAAAUCACAGUGGGACCUGAGAAACUCGAAUAGCUUGCCUCCUUUUUGGAUGAGACUGAAUCAGCCACGGCUUCAGGAGAUGAGGGAUGAAAGUGCAUCUAUCGACGAAUCUGUGACGAAACUGCCAGUGAAGAAUGAUAUGUCGGAUGAUGAUCGGGACAAGACAUUGAGUCGACAAAGUACUGCAGUUCUGGACUUGACAGAGGAACUUGAAUCGGAAUCCUCGGAUAUACUACCACUUCUCAAAGCGAUCGAUAACGCGAAGAUGAUAGCUCCGAAAUCCGUGAGCGAUAGUGUUCGGUUCAAAGUAGACCACGGUCAAGUGAAGCGUGUCUUCUUUGAGGACGAUAACAUCAUGACUGGAGAACAUCGAGACUUGUUCCAGAUCGAUGAGGGUUUUGGCCUGUGGUUUGCCUGUAUUGCUUGUGCAUUAAGCCAAGAUGCCGACGCUAGGUUGUGGAAUUUCGCCAUUCCAAGCCAUAUUGCAUCUUUCACGCGCCAAAAGUCAAUUCCCUGCGGCGUAAUGGUUGUUCUUGAUCUGUUGAACGAAGAUAAAGUUCCUCCAUGGGCAUCUCCAGCCCCAGAGUUCGGGGAGACUGCGAUAGAAUUUCAACAGCGCGCGCAGCAAGACAUCUUGGAUCGAAGAAUGGAAAGUACUAUGCCACCAGCCCAGGCCGCAGAAGCAAGAAAUAUCAGAAUGAUGCGAGAUAAUCAACGGUUUCACACCAAUCAUAUGAAGAGAAUUCAAGGCCAGGAAGAGUACCAGCAGCGACGACUAAUCGAAGCUAUUCAAUCGCCACGUCUCGAUAAUAAAGUUAUUGCCGAGGCUAGUCUUGAUUAUCUUAAAGACCAGAAAAUUGUGCCUGGCGAUUAUACACUUUCCCAGACAGCUCAAGCAGUGCUAUAUCUUACUAUUCUUGAUGAGAGUCUGGCAAAAGUCGUCGCUGAUAUUCUUGAAAGGUGGAUGUUGUGGAGUCAAUAUGGAGGGAUGCAGAAGGUGCAAAUGACGUUGUUGAUGGAAAAUAAGAUCACUUUUUGCUAUGCCUCGGUGCUCGUUGCAGUUGUUCAACAAGCGAAUUUAGGUAAUAACAACUUGUCAUCUGAUUUGCUUGAUUGUAUGAGACUAUGGAACAGAGUCCGACUUGGAUAG